CGAGGUCCAAAAAGGCCCACGCAUGUGCACGCCAGCAGUCUGUGUCUAGAUCACCGCCGGCACCCUUGUCGAACAGCUGCUCUGUUGCGAAGGUCACCUUUGAUUUCUUCUUUUUUCAACUGAUAUCGUUUUUGUUCCCCCGGUGCUAACUCUGCCGUGUGGCAGAACACUUUCAAAAUGGCGAUGCAGCUUGAUAUGUCUAAUGCUACGGUGAUGAAGGAUGAGCAGGGCCGGCCAUUUAUCGUCGUCCGAGAUCAGGGAAAGAAGAAGAGGCAGCAUGGUACAGAUGCCGUCAAGUCGCACAUUGUUGCGGCCAAGACGGUCGCCAAUAUUGUGAAGACAUCGCUGGGCCCUCGUGGUUUGGACAAGAUCCUCAUCUCUCCGGACGGAGACAUCACUGUUACAAACGAUGGAGCUACUAUUCUGUCGCAGAUGGAAAUCUCCAACAACGUCGCCAAGCUCCUUGUGCAGUUGUCGAAAUCCCAGGAUGAUGAAAUUGGUGAUGGCACAACUGGUGUGGUAGUAUUGGCUGCAGCUCUUUUGGAGCAGGCUUCCGACCUGAUCGACAAGGGUAUCCAUCCCAUCCGGAUAGCGGACGGUUACGACCAGGCCUGUGAGAUUGCUGUGGCCCAGCUCGAUAAGAUUAGUGACGAGAUUCCAUUUACCAAGGACAACACGGAAAACUUGGUCAAGGUAGCGAAGACGAGUCUUGGAAGCAAGAUUGUCUCGAAAUCUCACGACCAGUUUGCUAAGAUAGCCGUCGAGGCCGUACUCUCCGUUGCCGAUCUCGAGCGCAAAGACGUCGAUUUCGAACUUAUCAAGGUCGACGGAAAGGUCGGCGGUGCUCUCGAGGAUUCUCUUCUCGUCAAGGGCGUCAUUGUCGACAAAGACUUCUCGCACCCUCAGAUGCCAGACGAAGUUAGAGAUGCUAAGCUGGCAAUCUUGACUUGCCCAUUUGAACCGCCUAAGCCGAAGACCAAGCACAAGCUCGACAUCACAUCAGUCGAAGAAUUCAAACGGUUACAAUCCUACGAGAGGGAGAAGUUCUCGGAAAUGAUUCAGCAGCUUAAGGACAACGGAGCGAACUUGGUUAUCUGCCAGUGGGGUUUCGAUGAUGAAGCAAACCACCUGCUUCUUCAGAACAACUUGCCCGCUGUCCGAUGGGUCGGUGGGCCUGAGAUCGAACUCAUUGCCAUCGCGACAAACGGAAGGAUCGUUCCCCGUUUCGAGGACCUGAGUCCUGAGAAGCUUGGAACGGCUGGUCUCGUCCGCGAAAUGAGCUUCGGUACUACGCGCGAAAAGAUGCUCGUCAUUGAGGAAUGCGCCAACAGCCGCGCAGUGACCGUUUUCGUAAGAGGUAGCAACAAGAUGAUCAUCGACGAAGCCAAGCGUUCGCUGCAUGACGCCCUCUGCGUUGUUCGUAACCUUGUGCGCGACAACCGUGUCGUGUAUGGAGGUGGUGCAGCCGAGAUUGCAUGCUCUCUCGCUGUUGAGGAAGCCGCUGUGAAGAGCCCGGGAAUUGAACAAUACGCCAUGCGUGCCUUCGCCGACGCUCUGGACUCCGUCCCCAUGACUCUUGCUGAGAACUCUGGCUUGAGCCCUAUUGAGACUCUUGCCUCGAUCAAGUCGAGACAAGUUAAGGAGAAUAACUCAAGACUCGGUGUGGACUGCAUGCUCACCGGUGACAAUGAUAUGAGAUCCCGCUUCGUCAUUGAUCCCCUUAUUGGAAAGCGCCAGCAGCUCCUGCUUGCUACCCAGCUAUGCCGAAUGGUUCUCAAGAUCAACAAUGUCAUCAUUGCCGGCGAUGACGAGAACGAGUUCUAGGUUCCCUUUGUAUAGAUUAUACAGGGCACGAACUGCAUGAGAUAUAUUCCAUGAUGUGGCGUACAGGAAACCCAAAAACGAAAUCUAUCUCCCUCUAUGAUUGAGGAUAAUUAGUCUCGCCCGCCUCUCUUUUAUAUGUAAAACAGCAAACAAAAAGCAAUAGAAGCUGCAGCAUCGCGGAAGGAUCGACUAGUUUUCAUCUUUUCCUAUGAAUUGAAAAGGUUGGAGUGAUGACUUAGAAGACACAACCUGGAGAACUCUUUCUGUCGAAGCAGUAGGAGUAACAGCUAAAUGGUAAAAGUUGGCAAUAUGGUAGAUCAAUAACGUAUAUCAUGACUAUUCAGUAUACUACAAGUAAUUGGCAUGAGCUCGGAGUAAAGAG